AUGUGUAGUGUGAAUAGCUCAGAGACUCCCUGGCUACUAAGAUUUACGUGUCCGAGAUCUGUGAGGGAACACGAUCAGCAAAGGCCUUGGCAGGCAGUACCUGAUGAAAGUCGAGACAUUACUGCUUCUGCUCAGAGCAUCUUGGACAGGGAAAAUUAUUUUGUGAGGGAGGUGGACAGAUAUUUGAGACACAAUGAUUUCUUAAAUCUGAGAAAGAAGGAGAUCCUCUACAAGAAAUGGCUUAAGGAUGUUUCAGAGCCACUGCUGCAGAAAAUUGAGGACAAAAUGCACAGCCAGUCAAGCGAAGAAAUACGGAAAAGGAAAGAACAGCAACUCUCUCUCUAUUUAAACUACUGUGAAAAGAAGGGUUAUGUGGCUUUGGAAGUGUAUGACCUGUCAGAGUACGAUCCGUUCUUCCUGAAGACGUGUACAGACUGCUGGAAGGUUUCAAUACCAAUAUUACAGGAUCCUCUGUUAAAAGACAUUCAAAGAAAGUUUGUUGAGACAGGCGUUAUCAAGCAGUGCGAGACAGGAAGACCAUGUUCUACCAGAGAGCUGAAGGAACUCAGUAAAGCAGAACUGCUUCCUUUGAGCCGGCAACAUAUGGAUGCGGUUGAGUGGCUGAAGAUACCACACGCCUACAUUGCUAGUGAUGUCCACCAAACAAAGAGGUAA